CGUGCGUGUGAACCCCGCAUUCUGUCUCUACACGGGGAUUGAAAUGUCGCAGAAAGGGGGACAACAUGGCGGCGCCCAUUACCGUACACAUGCUGAGAGCAGCAGACCGAAGCCUGGAUUGAACCCCAACCUUUCAGUGUCUUCUAAAUCCACACAGAAAGUAUUUCAGGACUGUUUAGCUGCAACAACCGAUAGCCAAUUACCAAACGGAAACACUACUGUAGAUGCUUUCCAAGAUGGCGACAGAGGUACAGAGUCGUAUAGCAUAGAAGCAGUCGGAGAGCAACAACACAACAAUAGAACUGGUCGGUCUCCAUCCGUGUUCUCUCUAUCAAAUUCUGUGCUUCAUAGAGCAACCAAACGACAGAAACGACGGUCUGUUAGCAAUACAUCAGUACAAUCACUGCGAGGCAAUAACAUUCGCAGUAACAGGAUUGUAACAACACAGAAACAGAAGAGAAAGAAGAAGCUCGAACAAGUCAAUAACAAAAGCAAUUUGAUUGAUUCCAAUUGCGAAAGUUCCGACAUCAGCAAUAACUCCAUAAUAGUCAUAGAGCGCUUAAAUUACCUCUCAUCUGAACCUUCAUCCUCUGAUGAUGAUGACGAAGAAGAAGUGGCUGAUGGAGACGACGAGGCAGAACACGAAAUCGAAGAUUUACACAGCUAUGGUGAACACUCUGUGGCUGGAAGUAACGGCGAGUGGCUCAAGUCACGAAUUCGGAACUUGAAUUCUGUAGUGGAUUUUAAUUUGGACCAAUCUCACACCGACGAUCAGGAAGUGGUGGAUUCCUUAGAAGAGUUGGGCUCCACUAGUAAAGCGGCUAAAGACAUUGUUGUUGAUGAAUUUUUCGCCGACGAACAUCUUGCCGUCAGUCCAGAAGAGCCUGGGAGCGUCAUGCCUCCUCUGACAGGUGCCGAACAUGUGCUUGUACCUCCCACAACAGAGUCCAUAGCUUUAUACAACAACAAUAACAAACAUGCUACAGACACGGAAGACAUUGUAACGACUUCGGGAACGAGCCCGGAUAGAUCUCGCACUGCUAAGAUUUCCGUGGCCGUCGGUGAUAUCGAAACCGGUUCUACUUCUCGACUAUCGCAGAUUACUCCUCCACCGGAUUCCUCUCCAACAUCUACCAACACUCCAUCUGCCACAACUACUAAUGUGUUUUUAGUUGAUAAUUCGGAGGAGCCUUGUUCGUCGUCCUUCCCCGGUCUUUCAUCUAGUAGUUAUUCUACAACAACUACUUCAAAUUCUUCAUCAUUAGAAGCAUCUCUGUUGGAAUUCAGACGGGUCGGAACCGACAAAAGCAAUACUCUUAUGACACCUCAAGAACUGGAGAGUAUGCCGGACCAAGGUAUAGAAUUCGAAGAAUCUGUUGGUCCGAAACAGGAAGUCAUUAGUCCAUCUUCGUUGACCACGUGUAGUACCACAUCACCAUCAUCUUCCUUGUCAUUAUCUGAUUCACUGUCAGUCCUAUCAGAUUCUCCACAAUCCCAUCAGAAAUUGUUAGCUAGUUCCUCUUUACUAGAGUCACCGUCGCGAACCACCACCCCAACACCUAACAAUAACAACACCAACAUUAUCACUACCGAUCAUUCUUCAAACCACGAUGUCAAACCUAUAUUUAUCGAUUCCUCCAGUACCAGUACAGGUCUCACGUCGUCUGCCGACACUACCAGCACUACUACUACCACUGCUGGUCUGGAUAGUAGUCUCCUCAAUGCUGGUAACUUCACACUGGCCACUAUCUCAAUAUCAACUGACCGAGCCACCAACUCCACUCAGAUAUUGGUCAACACUAAUCAGGGACAACAGUUAUAUCAUAUAAACACUGCAGACCUCACCCAGCCUCUAUCGCUGCCCGUCACUCAGGCUCCACCGACGACUCCCUCAUCCUCGGCUACGACUGCCACCAGAACCACGUCGGCUUCGGCUCCGUUGUCAACCUCCUCACAAACAAACGGUCCUUCGGCACAAACAGGUUAUCUAUUGUUACCAGUUAACCCAGCUGAGAAUGGAAACAGUUUCUUAAUGACAGUACCAAUGACCAAUGGAAAUGUCAAACAGCAGCCCAGUAAAGUUGAAUGGUCAAGUGUUGUGAAAGAAGAAAGUGAUGAUGAUACUGGCAGUAAAUCUGACUCUCCAUCAGAGAACACUCCUGUAAAGAAGCUAUGGUCAUGCCAACAAGCCGGAUGUGAACAGGUUUUCAAGAAGUUAUCAAAAUUAAAGAUACAUUUGAUGAGACAUACUGGCGAACGACCAUUCCGGUGUAACCAGCCUGGCUGUGACUGGGCUUUCACUACAGCAUACAAACUGAAGAGACAUGUUGAGUCACAUCAGGGAAGAAAAGACUACAUUUGUGACAUUGAUGGUUGUGGUAGAAAGUUUACAACAAUCUACAACUUAAAUUCUCACAAGAAACUCCAUGAACGUCCAUGUAAUGAAGUUUGCCCCAAACCCAACUGUAACCAGAGGUAUCCAACAAAACGGCAACUUGAUUUGCAUUUAAAGAAUCAUGCUGAUGUGGAGAAAACUUAUAAAUGUCCUGUUGAUGGCUGUAACAAAGUUUUCCUUUCUCCUAACUGCAUGGGCUCUCAUGCCCGUGUUCAUCAACAGGACCGAGAUGACCUGGUCUGCAAGUAUGAUGGCUGUGGUAAAGUUUUCAAUAAAGUCUGUCGUCUUAAACAACACAUGCGCUGUCACACUGGCGAGAAACCAUAUCAGUGUCGUGUUGAUGGUUGUUCUUGGGCCUUUGCAACGGCCAGUAAAUUAAAACGCCACAUGAGCAAACAUACUGGUGUUCGAAAAUGGCUGUGCAAUGCAUGUGGCAAAGCAUUCUUGCGAGCUGAACAUCUGAAAGGUCAUUUAGUAACUCACAGUGGAACAAAACCAUUCCAGUGUCCAGUAGAUGGUUGCAAGACUCGUUUCACUGCUAAAAGUAGUUUGUAUAUACACUUGAAGAAACAUGACCAUUCUGGAAAGAAGAUUACUUACCAUUGUCCUAUGGAAGGCUGUGAGAAGAAAUAUUCUACCAAAGUCAGUCUGCGCAAUCACAUUAUGAAACAUUACAACAACAGCACCAUUUCUGCUUCUGACAGUCCUCACUUUGAUUUAGUGCCCCUCCUUGGCUCAGAUGAUAUUUCCGAUGCUGGUCUUGAGUCUCUUGGGCAGCAUUCUCAGUCCGAGAAUCAAACAACACCUGUAUCAGGAGUAAACCUCACCAAUUCUUUAUCUAAUUCCAUCCUUGGUUCUACUGAUCCAGUAUUAGUUGGUCCUUCAGAUUAUAUGUCAACAGACUCUGAAAAAUUGUUAUCAGUAGCAGUAAAUUCUGCAUCUUUGUUCAGUUCCUCUGAUAAUCUCCCUCCUCAUGGCAUUACAUUACGAGAUCCAGAAACAGGCGUGACGUAUGUCCAAACACAACUACUGCAGGACGAUCCACCAAAUCCAGAGAUGUAUCCCGGAGAUGGUAGUCUUGUCACUGAUCUGGCUUUGCAUGAUGCAAGUUCAAACACAGCAGCUGAUUCAGCUUCUGAACACGGUGCAUCAUCAACAGAAUUUACUGGAACUACCAUCAAUCUACAAGACCUAGAAUGAUGACCAGUGUCCACACAUCUGAUUCGUUAGGUGUAAAUUUUGCUACAAUUCCAUUCCAGAUGUUAACUCAAAGAGACAGUGAGUUGCAAACACAAAAGAAAUACCUCCAACACAAGACUUCUAUUUAUUUCUUGUGUUCUUUCAGUCCUGGCUAUGUUGACUAAAUAUCGUCACAGAUUUUAAUGGUUUUUCCUCUGAAUAAUUAACAAUUCUUUUUUCUUCAGUUGGGUAUGAAGAGAAUUGGGUAUUUACAGUGAUAUAUUUCUUGGGAGGAAAAACGCAAAAAAAAAAACCUGUUUAGCAACUGAAAACUUCAUUGCUAUUCUUGUGGUUUUGUUAAAGCUGUUGAACUAAAGACUGGCAUGUCAGGACUCUGGCACUGUAAUCUUUAUACAGAAAGCUGCAAAAUAUAUUUUUAUAAUGGAAACUGUAUGAACGUUUGGGUGGGAAUUUUCCACCUCCUGUUUGCCUGCUUGAUGUGACACAACGUAAAAGUCAUUUAGAUAAAUGCCUAUCGCUGCGUGUUUGAGUAGCAUUUGUCAUAGUUGGUACAGCACUGGCCAAACUGCCAAAGGAUCAAUGAUUAGUAUCCAAUCACUGGUGCUGUACUAUUUCUGUGGCAAAGACACUUGACUCUCAAAGGCCCAGUUCAACUUGCUUUAAAUAGUUUCCAUGGGAAGGUAGCUCUCACUCUAUUAAGCCGUGGAGUCGGGAGCACUGUAUAAUCAACGGGUGUUUUACUUAUAUAAGGCAAGGUUUACUAUAAUCUGUUUGCCUAUCUCAGGAGACAGAGAGAAAAGACAACUAUCUCUGAACUGUUUAACACCUUAAAAACAGGGAUAAGCACCAACGCAUCACAAUACCUGAUAAGCAAUAGUAUAUGAUAUUGUGGGAUCUGCCAAUGUUUUAGCCAUGAGAUAGAGCUAGUGUUCUUUUGCUACAUUCAACUAUAAGUUCUAAUGGCCAUAUCACUCUGGUUUCUGCAUUGUAUCAUGUGGCAAGACUCACAUAUUCAUGUUCUGUAUUGCAUCAUAGGGUCAGAUACAUGCAUCCGUAUUACCAUGUGUAUUGUGACUUGUGGCCAAUGUCUAUAUUCUGUGAAUUGUGUCAUGUAGCAAGAUACAAACUUCACUUAAUUGAAAAAUUAAUUUGGCAAACUGGUCAAUCAUGUUGAGUGAAAUUACUUCAUCUUCCUAAGACUUUAUACCUUGCCUACAAGCGACAGUGUUUGGAUAAAUAUUCCGCACAGCUUACACUUUGAUUCUAGAAUUCUCUCCCGGUGUUGGCAUUGCAUUGACGAGAUGCCUAAUUUAAGAAAUGACUAUAUUUUUAUUUGUUCCUCUUCAUUCUGUGUUCAUUUAUUUUAACAUUAUUUCUGGGGUUUCUUUUUUUUUCCCACUGUAUUUUGUUCCCUACAUGCCUCUCUACUUGUUUUCCAUAAACCAUGCUCCAAAACAUAUUUCCAUGUGUCUCCUCUGAUCUUGGACAGUUUACUUUUUGUGGACCUCAGUUCAUCUUACUGCAAGGAGAUAUCUACCAGGUCUUGUGAGAGUGUUUGUCUAAAAUGGACUGGUUUCCUAUCCAGCUGAAGGUUUUAUUUGUCAUCCUGGUUAACACCAUUGAACCAGAGCUAUGCCCCAGCAUAAUAUGCUCUCUGUGAGACAUGUACACAUUCAUUGUAUUGACGUCACCCAUUGUUUCUUGCAGUUUUCUCCUGUACCCCUUGCUAAAUUAUUUAUUUUGAUGGUGUCUUUUUAUCAUUAUUAUUAUUAUUAUAUAUUUUGUACUGCCUGAUCUUAUCUUAAAGAGUGUGUUGACUUCAGCAGUACAGCUAUUGUAUUAAUGCUUAUUGUUUUGGUUUUGAUGUUUUUGUUUUGUACUGGUAGACCUGUGAAGAGACUCUCUCUGUAAAUUUUCCCAUCAUUUCAGAGUCCAGUUGUUAUUGUUGUUGUUUAAACCCAGGCCAGUCCUGAUCCAGUAGACUUAUGAUGAAAGGCCCUUACAGUUGUGACCAGCCUGUUAUUUAUUCAGAUAUGUCUGAGAUUACAUUAUCCAAUGUAACCUUUUUUUUUCUUCAAGAUUGUGGGAUGUGAUUUGAGAAGGGAUUUCAGCUGCUAUUACUAGCACAUUAAGCAACCCUAAAGAGGCUCUGUCAUUGGUAGCACAUGAUUGAGACUGAUAAUGCAAUGAAAACUUUUGUAUAGAUUAAAGUUGGUUGGAUUCACAUCAAAGAAAGGGGUAUUAAAUAUUUAUCCUUGUUGGUUAUUUAGUGGAAUUGGUAGAGCAGCUAUGUCCCGUAAAAAUUAGCAUUCACAUCUGGUCAAACUCAACUUUUACUAUUUGUCUUCUUGGAUAAUGUUAGUCAAUAAAAACAAGUAGCAUUCAAGUACCUGUAUUGAUACAAUCAACUGUACUUCCGCUCUCUACACCCUGUAUUAAGAAAGCUAUGCCAUGGCAGGAUCUGUAAAGUACACGACAAAACAUCCUGUAAUAUUUUAAUUAUGUCCCUUUAUGUUUUUCAUUCCGUACUCACAGAGGCUGGCUUUUCCUUUCAUCUUUCUUGGUGGGUUGAGUAAAAAUAAGUAUACCAAUCAACUAUACUUCCUUCCACAAAAGUUGUGGCCUUGUGCCUGUUACAAACUGUCGUUGUUAUCAUUACUAGUUUUAGUUACGUCCCUUUGCAUUCCGAUUGUCAAGCCUUGCUUAUGUUUUUUGACUUUCAUCCUUCUGCAGUGAUAAAAUAAGUACCAAAAGACUGCUGGAGUUAGUGCCAUCAACUAAGCUCUUCCCACAAAAUUUGUGGCCUAGUGCCUAUAUCAGAAAUUAUUUCCUCCCUCUUUUUCACUUUUUCUUUAUCUAACAUGGAUUUCUCUCACCCUUUUCUUGCCAAGACAUCUCUUUAACUGCAGCCACAUUGCAUACAAUAUUUUCUCUACCAUUCCUUUACACUGACUAUUGGUCCAGUGUAAAAGCUAGCUUGGAAUAAUCUCAGUAAUAUUGUCACCAAUAUAUAUAUAUGUAUAAAGGUGGUGCUCCUACAUGGCUGCAGUCAAAUGACUGAAACAGGUAAAAGAAGUUCCUUCAAAGGGGUCUGUUAAACAUCCAAUUCACUGAAUACCAUAUAAAUGUAUUGGUGACAAUAUAUAACUGGCACUCUAUCACUUACUAUGAUGUUUCCAGUCGAUCUGAUCAACGGAACAGCCUUCUCAUGAAAUUAAUGUGCAAGUGGCUGAGCACUCCACAAACAUGUGUACCCUUAAGUUUCUCGGGGAGAUUCAGCAUGGCACACAAUGUGAAAAGGCUG